AUGUUGCAUUCUCGCCCUUCAUCCUCCGACGCGUUCCAAGGCUCGUCACAGCAAUACCCGCAGUCUCCACGCAUGGGACAGCAGUCUCGAAGCAUGUAUAAUGGCCAGAAUACAGGAUACAGAGGCACUUCGGCCGGCCCCGUACAGCCGUACGCGUUUCAGUCUACACCACACUUGAGGCAAGAGACGCGGACCGUAUCUGCCCCCUCGACGUCACAUGGCGCUGUUGGCAGCCAUAGACAUGCCCACACACAGUCGGCUUCGGCUUCCUCGACUACGUCGUCUGACACGUCUUCACAACCGUCGGCAAAGGACGACUCGGUCAUGGGCUCGCGGAACGGCUCAUUGAUCAACCUCUCCUCGAGCGUGCCCGACUUGUCGCUCACCUCGUUCGACUCUCCAGCCAAGGCUUCACCUGACAGGUACCGACGACCUGGCACGAAGAGAGUCGAGUCUGGCAAUGUCACCCCCAAGGCUGCUCCACCGCAGCUGGGCGCUUCAUACUUCUCGGCCGGUGCCAGUGCGGCUAGCGCCUCCACGCAGCAAGCGCCACUGCAGCGUCAGGGGAGUGUGGACGACAUGGCAGUCUCGUCCAAGUCUGAUACACCGGCACGGUAUAGACGACGCAGCUUGAACAACCUGGAUACUUCGGCCAUACAGGCUGCAGCAAAUGGCCAACGGCCAUCUGACAACCAGAGCCAGUCUGGAUUGGAGCCAAGUGCGACAUUUACGCCGACCACCAUCCGCCCAGUCUCAUUUCACGAGCGGCAAGCGAGCAAUGAAAGCCAGAGCUCACAGCGACGAAAGGACUCGGCUCUGCAGGAGAAUGCCAAGUCUUCGGCUUCGCUCCACCCAGAACAGAAAGGAGUCCACAUUCCUCCACGUACUUCAUCCGAGGCCAAAACGCGCAUGAAGUCUCCUUCGCCAUUGUCCAAGGAAGCCGUCGACCCCGACAAUCCCACGCCCCACGCUUCGCCGCAGAAGCCGAAGACGUAUGCUGCCGUUGCCCAGGCCGCGGUGACCACCCCAUCUCCAGCAGCCGCCCAGCUCGCUGCCGUGUCUGAUAAGGACCUUAAUAAAGGAAUGAAGUCACGCCUACGUCGUGCCUUUUCAUUUGGCAGUGCACAAGAGUUGAAGAGGGCUGGUGUCGAUACGGGGAAUAACACCCCUGCUGCCCAACAGCAACAACAGCCCCAACCAACUUCAGCUCAGCAAGCACGAGAACAGCACCAGCAGCACAUCGAUGAAGAGCUAGAUGCAGAGCAACAGGAGAUUGCCAGGCGGCAAGAGGCUGCAGGUAUCGGUGCAGGCAUUUACUCUGGCCAGGGAGGUUUCAUCGGCUCGACGGACAACCUAUCCAUUUCAUCCACAGCUUCAUCUGCGUCGAUGAUGCUGCGGAAGAUGGGCCGAGGAGCCAAGAAGAGUGCUAGGAGCAUCAAGGGCUUGUUCCGGCCCAAGUCGGUCAUUGGUGUACCAGCGGCAGACGGUCCGGUUGCGACAUCCAGCGCCACGGUGCAACCAAGCGUGGCCCAGGUAUCUAUGGUGACGGUUGAAGCCGAAAGGCAAAAGGUCAACGUCAACGAGCACCCGGGUGACAAGCCUCAUGGCAUAACUGGAUUUCCCAAGUUGGAGCGCAAUUCAAUGGAUGCGGUCAACGGCGUGUCCGGAUCGAGGGCUUCUGCCGACGGCUCAGACUCACACUCUCGCCGCAGCAUUGUCGGCAGUGAUCGAGACCGGGCUGAAGUGCUUGCUGCUGUGAAGAAGGGCAUUCUCAAGCGGACUGGUACCAACUCACCAAGUAGCUCGCCGACUAUCAAGCCCACAGAUGCCGCCGGGCAAACUCCAACCAUCAUCUCCGAAAGCCCGGCUUCCAGCAUGCCGAGCACACCGAAGGACGGUCAGAGUCGUAACGACUCGUUGAAGAAUGUUACCAAUGGCGAUUACUUCAGCCAACGUCUUCACACCUUUACCAAGAGCAUGCCCGCGACGCCAAAUGGCACUGUACGGUCCAUCUCCUUCAGCCCGCGGAUCCAGUUUCACGACGCCUGGUCCAGCUCCGAGUAUGACCGCCGCGGAGAGAUUGCCACCUGCAACCGCCUCACGCCCAUGCUCGCACAACAGAUCAAGGAGGAACUGAACACCUUCAAAAUGGAAAUGGAAGUCCACGAAUCCAGCAAGCCGCACACGCACUUCUUCUAA